AUGUCUGACCCCGUCGUUAGCCUCGGUGGUCCCCUCUUCCGCCAUCCAGGCACAUCAUACCAAGAGUUCAGCACCUCCUGGCGUCGACACGCUCAGAUCGUGACACCAUGGUUCCUGCAAUUUGGAGUCACAGAGUACAUACAAAUUCACCUUCCACCCAACCGCUCUCUCCAUACUCCUUUCAGCACCAUGUUGUCUUCUUCUCCGAGCCACAUCUCGCCAGAAGCCUCGGCGCAGGCCCAGAAGAUUAUGGCACAGGCAGACGGUAUAGCUAUAGUCCGCUACAGACCCGUGAGCAUUUCCCCGGGAAAGACGCGAGACCUCAUGGAUGGAUCGUCGCAUCCGUACUUCAAGGAUGUGAUUGCGGCCGACGAGAGAAGGUUUCUGCAUACAGAGUCGGGGGCUACAGCAGUAGCCCCUAAGGAUGGAAAUUGGAGCUUCGACGUCCCGGCGUUAGAAGUUGACGUAUGGAAAGAAUUAGCAGCCGGGUGUCGUGUGGUCAAGGCUGAAGAGUUGGUCAUCAUCAAGGAUGGGAAAGCAGAAAUUGAGGUUGAAGGUUUGUGGUGGAACCUCUGGCACAAUCUGGACCGGGAAGACGUACCCGUUGAUGUAUCACAAGCCGAAGGGAAAUGA